UUUUGUUUAAAAGUUCUGAAAAAAUUUGCUUGUUCAACGAUUUGUUGGCUCAGCGAAAUGUGGAAGCCGCCAGGGGCUAGGAGCAAGGGGAUCGCUGUGUUGUGGUCGCAAAACGCAAAUCGCUUGUCGGCAACCGCUUGUCGGCUUUUGGAGUCGCGUCGUUUCCCCAUUCGCAGUCCUCAGAUCGCAGCUCGGUCUGCUAACUUGGCUCAGUUUCAGCGUCAGUCUCAGUCUGGGUUCCAAAUCUGUCGCGACAGCAAACGCGAGUGCGGAUCAGAUAGAUCAGUCUUUAAAGUUUAUCCCCAAUUUGACGUUAAUUUCAGCUGACUUUCGGUUAGCAGUUAAACUAAAUAAAAUAGUGCGCGACUUGCAGUGCAGUGAAUUGUCUGUGACAGUUGCAGAUUGGAUUUUGUUUAAGGAGCCAUGACCAUCAAGUGCGCCCACCUGGUGGGCCUUUUUGCCCUGCUAAUGGGCGUGGCCAGCGCCUUUGAUCACACUCUGAAGCGGGACUUUCCGGGCCCGUACUGCGAGCUGCGCAACACCUGCUGCAAGGAUCGGCACGACGGCUGCUCGCUGCCCAUUUCCACCACUCUCUGCUACUGCGAUGAAUUCUGCGAUCGCGACGAUUCCAGUGACUGUUGUCCCGACUACCGCUCCUUCUGCCUAAGUGAGCCAGAUCCAGUGAUCUCCUGCGAGCACAACGGCGUCUACUUCAGCAAAUUCAACAGCACGUGGGACAACUGCAACGAGUGCCGCUGCCUGGAAGGCGGAAAAGUGAAGUGCGACGAGGAUCUGUGCCUGACCGACGAUGCUAUCAUCAAUGGCGUCAACUCCAUCCAUAGACUCGGGUGGUCUGCCCGCAAGUAUGACCAGUGGUGGGGACGCAAGUACUCCGAAGGUCUGAAACUGCGACUGGGCACCAAGGAGCCCACAUACCGCGUGAAGGCGAUGACUCGUUUGAAGAAUCCCACCGACGGCCUGCCUAGAUCCUUCAACGCUUUAGACAAGUGGUCCAGUUUUAUUUCGGAGGUUCCCGAUCAGGGCUGGUGUGGUGCAUCCUGGGUGCUGUCUACUACCUCGGUGGCCAGCGAUCGCUUCGCCAUUCAGAGCAAGGGCAGGGAGGCUGUCCAACUGUCCGCCCAGCAAAUCCUCUCCUGCACUCGCCGCCAGCAGGGCUGCGAGGGCGGUCACUUGGACGCCGCCUGGCGCUUCCUGCACAAGAAGGGCGUGGUCGACGAGAGCUGCUACCCGUACACCCAGCACCGCGACACCUGCAAGAUCCGCCACAACAGCCGCUCUCUGAGGGCCAACGGAUGCCGUCCUGUGGAAGACGUCGAUCGGGACACCUUCUACACUGUCGGACCGGCCUACAGUUUGAGCCGCGAGGCCGAUAUCAUGGCGGAGAUCUAUCGCUCCGGCCCCGUGCAGGCCACCAUGCGUGUUAACAGGGACUUCUUUGCCUACUCGGGAGGCAUCUACCGCCAGACUGCGGCCAACCGUAAAGCUCCCACUGGAUUCCACUCGGUCAAGUUGGUUGGCUGGGGUGAGGAGCACAAUGGUGAUAAGUACUGGAUCGCGGCCAACUCUUGGGGUCGUUGGUGGGGUGAGCACGGUUACUUCCGCAUCCUGCGAGGCUCCAACGAGUGCGGCAUUGAGGAGUACGUGCUGGCAUCCUGGCCCUUCGUCUACAACUAUUACAACGUGAAGUCGGCUUAAUGAGGCUCAGAGGGCCUACUCCUCGCACCGAGCAAUCUCGAGCUAUGCAGAAACGAAAACAAAUUUAUCUCAUGCUUCAAAAUUUUCCAUUUACUAUAUGGCACUCAAAGUGAAUUAGGCGCUUCUAUCUGUAAUGUUUAUGCUUAGAACCUAGUAACUAAAACGAUUAGCUUUAAGUUGCGCGAACGCAUCAAGUUAACUGCCCGCGGUACCCAACCUUUUCCCUACUACUUUUCUCACCCACACUAACUGGUCUCGAAGAAACACGAAACUGCCACUUAACCACCGCUCCAUCCCCCGGAUACUGCCACAACAACCAGAGGAACCAGAGGAAUACCAACAUCUAACACCCUUGUAGCGCAUGUGAUUGAUGGAAGGACGAAUAUUGGAUCGGCGAGAGUCUGUAGGAUAUGUACGAGUGCGAACUCAUCGUGUAUUGUAAAUGGAAGCUAAGUUAACUGAUUGAUAGACCGAUGAAACUUAGUCGGUUUAUAUAUUUUUAAUAAACGAAUUACUUUACAUGUUUA